AUGGAACUGUUUAAGGUUGAGGAUGUGAAUUGCCAAUUAAAUUAUGAAAUAACGUUAGGAUGUUCAUAUAAUGAAUAUAUGUUUGUAUGUACUAUAGAUGGAUACAUAUAUCGUUAUAAGAUAUUUCAGAAUAAAGAAAAAAAUAAUAAUAUUGAAUUAACAUAUGUUGAUAGUUGUUUAAUAAAAAAAGAUAAAAAGAUAAAUAAAAUAAUUAUAGUAGAAUGUGAUAAUACAUUUAUAUUAUUAAUCUUAAUUGAUGAUCAUAUCUAUUUUAUAAAAAAUUCAAAUUUUCCAAAUUAUAAAAUAAUUUCAAAAAAUAUAGAUUUAUUUACAAUAAAUGAGAGUAGACGAUUUGAACUAUUAUUAUAUGGACAAAAAAAAAAAAAAUUAUAUUUUUAUAAAUAUGUUGAUAAUAAUUAUAAAUUAUAUAAAGAUAUUCAAUUUUUGGAUAUUUUAACUAGUUUCUUAUGGAUAAAUAAUUCUUUAUUUUUAGCAAUAAAUAAAAAUUACUAUUUACAAAAUUUGUCCAAUAAUAAUGAUAAUAAUAGAGUCCUUUUAUAUUCUCACGAAUUUGAACAAACAUAUAAAUAUAUAACCCUAAUUAAUCUUUGUGAAAUUUUUAUUGUUUGUGAUUUAAAUAUUGGGGUUUUUUAUGAUGUAGAAACAUCUAUGCCUUCAAGAAAAAACACAAUUAUAUUACCAAGCAAUAUAAUUCAAUUAUUGUCAUUUAGAUUUUUUUUAUGUUGCUUAAACUCAAGGGGCGUAUUAAAUUUUUACAACACAAACAAUCAGCAACAUAUACAAACCAUUGAGAUAAACAGUGGAAUAGAAAAUGGAAUAAAAAGCGGAAUAAAAGGCGAAAUAAAAGGCGGAAUAGAAAAUGGAAUAAAAGGCGAAGUAAAAUUAGUGGUUAACUUUUCGAGUAUUGGAGGAAGGAACAUGUUUGGUGAACUAUUUAACUUUGAAAAUAGUUAUGAAAAUAGUUAUGAAAAUCGUUAUGACGGCAUUAGGCAAGAGAAAAAGUCUCCAAAAAAAAUGCUAAAUUUUAAACAAGCAUUUAGCGAAAGUGUUAUCACAAAUGUAAAAGGGAAUACAAAACAAUAUGGAUUAAAUAUUUUAGAUAAUAAAGAUAUAGAAUAUAAUAAUGAUGAAGAAAAAAUGGAAAUGGUAAAACUAUUAUCCAUCUCAGAUGAAAAUAACUAUUUAAAAAAUAGUUUAUACAUUAUUAAUAAUAAUUUUAUAAAUGUAAUUAAAUGUAUAGAAUUAUAUAAAUAUUUACCAAAAUGUAUAGAACAAAAUAAAAUUGAAACUGGAUUUUUAUUAAUAGAAAAUAACAAUUUUGAAAAUGAAAUAGAUAAAAUUAAUAUAUUAAAUGAAUAUAAUAAAGCAUGUGCAUAUUUUUAUUUUAAAAAAUUAAAUUUUUCACUUGCCUUUAUGCUUUUUGAAAAAGUAAAUAUUAAUAUAUUUUUUCUUUUAUCUUUUUGGGCAAAUUAUUUUAAUUCAUCAUUUAAAAAAUAUGAUAAUGAACAAGACAUAUAUUUAUAUUCAAAAAACAAAAUAAAUGACAUUAAAAAUAUAGAAGAAAAUAUUAAUAAACAAUUUAAACAAUUUCUUCCAAUUAUAUCUACUAUUUAUGAAUUAAUUGAACAAGAAUAUCAUCUAUAUUCUCAAAAUGUCACUAAAAGUUAUAUGGACCCACACAUUAAUGAAAAUGAUAAUAAUUUUUUAUCAAAAAAAAAAAUACUUAAUAUUGCUAAUAUUUGCUUAAUCAAAUACUUAUUGAAAAAAAGAGACUUUUUUAUCGAAAAUAAAUAUGACAUCAAAAUUGAUCGAGCCAUUUGGCAAAAUAUAGCAGCCACCCCAAACCAUAGGGAAAGCCCAACGCACCCCAUGCCAACACAGCCCAUGCCAACGCAACCCAUCCCAAAUCAGUCUUUGCCACCCCACCAUUUGUCAUAUAAAUACAUACACAUUGACGAGCUGAUUGAUAAUAUUCUCAUAAAAUUAAUGGUAAGUAGUAAUUAUAAAAAUUUGAGUCCAUUUAUUAUGAAAACGUCAAAUUUAAAUUUGGAUGUAAAUGAGUGUAUAGAAUAUUUAAAGGAAAAUCAAAAGUUCAUCGAAAUUAUUUUAAUUAAUAUACGAUUUCACAAUUUUGAUGUUGCAAUUAAAAUGUGUAUAUCAUUUUUGCAUUAUUAUAAAAUGGUAGAGGAUAGUGACUCUCUUCAACAUGACCAUAGCAAUAUGGAAUAUGAAAAAAAUGGAGAUGAUCAAGAUAUGUGGUGGUGCAAAAUGUUAGACGAAAAAAAAUUUAAAAAUAAUAUCGAACGAAGUAAAGCUUUUCAUUCUAUCCUAAAAGAAAUAUAUAAUGUUCUAAUAAUUUUAAAUAACAAUGUUCAUUUAAUAAAUAUAGAAAAAAGUGGAAUAAAAAAACUUUUUGAAUGCUCAUUUCCAUUUUUAUUAAAAUAUAAUGAAAAAUUAUUUUAUGAUUUUAUUAUAAAUAAUAAUUUGAUUUUACGUCCUCAUGAAAUAUUACUCACAUUUAAAAAAUUACAAGACAUAAAAUUAAAGAAAAAAAUUAAUUACUACAUACAAAAAUAUGUAAUGAAUUAUAUAAAAUAUGAUAAAAAAAAUAAAAAUGUUAAUGCAAUUUUGCUUGAAUUAUAUAUUAACGAUUCAGAAAAACCUGUACAAGUCAGGCAAAAAAAAAUAUUAAAAAUGUUACGCUCCAAUUACCCAAUUGACACAAAUCACAUAAUUCAGAUGAUUGAAAAUAAAAAUUUUAAUUUAGUUACAGCCUUAUUGUAUGGGAGAAUUCAUAAGCAUUAUGAAAGUCUGGAAAUUCUUUGCGAAGAAGAUUUGGGAAUGUGUGAAAAGUAUUGCCAUUAUUAUAGCUUCAUGUUAAAAAAUUUUGUAAAAGGGUUAAAAAAAGAAAAAUACGAAAGUAUAUUUUCUAGUAUAUACAACAAUGAUAAAACUAUAUAUCAAAAAUUGGUUAAUGAGAAAAACUCAAAUAACGAUUUAUCAACAAAUGAUGAAUAUAAGCAAGAUGAUAAAAUAGUGAAGGAGAAGAAGAAUAAUAAAAAAAAAGCAGACAAAAUUAGUGAUUUAUUUAUUAAGGAUAUUAUUAAGGAAUAUCAUAAAUAUAGUUACAUAACAAUGAAUAAAAAUUCUUUGGAAAAAAUAAAAAAAUUAAAUAAUUUAAAUAAAAUAAAUGAUGAAAAUAUACAAAACAAAGAAGAAAAUAUAAAAAAAGAAUAUGAUUAUAUGCUUCAUUUAAUUGGUAAUGAAAAAAACAGUUCUAAUGAUGAUGAUACAACUAAUUAUUAUGAUAAUAACCCAUCUUAUGGUUAUUCUUCCCAAAAUAGUGAAACAAAUAAAUCAACAAAUUAUCAACAUUUCACUGAUAUUGAAAAUGAAAAUACUAGUGAUAACUUAAUUAUAGAUUAUAGUGAUGAAAAUAAUAAUAUAAAAGAACAAGAAUUUGCAAAAAAAAAAAAAAAAAAAAAUGAAAGAGAAAGAGAAAGAGAAAUUUCCAUAAUGGGAAAAAAAUCUCAAAAUUCCAAAUUAAAAAAAAAAAAUGAUAAAUACAAAAAAUUAUUAGGAAAUAUUUCCAAAAAUCGAGAUAUUGAUUUAUUGGAAUAUUUUCAUGUUUAUAAUGAAAACAAAUGUAGAUCAUGUGGUUUUUUCUUUUUAUUUAUUAAAGUGUGUAUGGAUAAAUAUAAAAAUAAAAAUACAUGUGAAACAAAAAAAGAAAUUUAUAAAAAUUAUAUAAUUUAUAUUUUAAAUAAAUAUGCAAAUCAUAAUGAUUUAAAUAAUAUAUAUAUAUUUAAAAUGAUACCGGAAAAUUGGAAAAUAUCAAAAAUAUCAGAUUAUCUAAAUUUUUAUUUGAGAAAAAAAUUAAAUACACGAACUAACCUUGAAAUAUAUCACAAUCUUAUAAAAAGCACCUACUUAAACACCACUUAUAAUAUGAUUAAAAGAAAAGAAGAAAAAAUUAUUAUACAAGAUAAUAUAGUUUGCAAUGUUUGUAAAACUUUUAUUGAAGAAAAGGAAUUUGUUUAUUUCUCAGAAAAUGUUGUACUACAUAUAAAAUGUGUGUGCAAAUAUAAUACUGCCCAAUAG